CCGAGGUCCCGCGGAGUCGAAGCGCCGCGGCCCAGCCAUGAGCCGGCCGCCGGCUCUGCAGGCGCAGACCUGCGGUCCCUGGGAGAUGAAGGAGCGCCUGGGUACCGGCGGCUUCGGCAACGUCAUCCGUUGGCACAACAAGGAGACCGGCGAGCAGGUGGCCAUCAAACAGUGCCGGCAGGAGCUGAGCCCGCGCAACCGCGACCGCUGGGCGCUGGAGAUACAGAUCAUGAAGAGGCUGAAUCAUCCAAACGUGGUGGCUGCCCGUGAUGUUCCUGAGGGAAUGCAGAAGCUUGCACCAAAUGAUUUACCAUUGCUGGCCAUGGAGUACUGCCAGGGCGGAGACCUCCGCAAGUACCUGAAUCAGCUGGAGAAUUGCUGUGGUUUGCGGGAAGAAGCUAUUCUCAUCUUACUGUCUGAUAUUGCCUCUGCUCUCAGGUACCUUCAUGAGAACAGGAUCAUCCACAGAGACUUGAAACCAGAGAACAUUGUGCUGCAGCAAGGAGAGCAAAGGUUAAUACACAAAAUCAUUGACCUUGGUUAUGCUAAGGAGUUGGAUCAGGGAAGCCUAUGCACAUCCUUUGUUGGGACACUACAGUACUUGGCUCCAGAGCUGCUGGAACAGCAGAAGUACACAGUUACAGUGGAUUACUGGAGCUUUGGCACGCUGGCUUUUGAAUGCAUUACAGGCUUCAGACCAUUCCUACCCAACUGGCAGCCAGUACAAUGGCAUACGAAAGUGCGACAGAAGAGUGAGCUGGAUAUUGUUGUUUCAGAAGACUUAUCUGGAGAAGUCAAAUUUUCCAGCAGUUUGCCCUGCCCAAACAAUCUGAACAGCGUUUUGGCUGGGAAACUGGAGAAAUGGCUGCAACUCAUGUUAAUGUGGCACCCACGGCAGAGAGGUACGGAUCCUGUCUAUGGGCCCAAUGGGUGUUUCAAAGCUUUGGAUGACAUCUUGAACAUGAAGUUACUGCAUGUUUUGAAUAUGGUUACGGGAACUGUGCACACCUACCCUGUGACAGAGGAAGAGACCCUGCAAACAGUGAAGGCCAGGAUCCAGUCAGACACUGGGAUCCCAGAGCAGGAUCAGGAGCUGCUGCAGGAGGCUGGUCUUGCAUUGUUUACUCAGAAGCACACAGCUGAUAGCAAGGUGAACGAUGCUGCAGCUGCAGACACAGACCUCCUCUUCCUCUUUGAUAAUCAGAAAGUUGCCUAUGAGGCUCAGGUUGCCUUGCGACCUCAUCCGGAAAGCGUUGACUACAUCCUUCAGGAUCCAAAGAAGAAUCUGCACUUUUUCCAGCUGAGGAAAGUUUGGGGUCAGAUCUGGCACACGAUCAGGAUGCUGAAAGAGGAUUGUAACCGGCUGCAGCAGGGACAGCGAGCAGCCAUGAUGAAUCUGUUGCGUUACAACAGUACUCUCUCAAAGAUGAAGAAUUCUAUGGCCUCCCUUUCCCAGCAGCUGAAAGCAAAACUGGACUUCUUCAAAACAAGCAUUCAGAUUGAUCUUGAGAAGUAUAAAGAGCAGAUUGAAUUUGGAAUUACUUCUGAGAAGCUGCUCUUUGCCUGGAAAGAGAUGGAGCAAGCUGUGGAGCUUUGCGGUCGGGAGGAUGAUGUGGAUCAGUUAGUAAAGAGAAUGAUGGCCCUGCAAACAGACAUUGUGGACCUUCAGAGAAGCCCAUUGGGUCGUAAGCAAGGAGGGACACUGGAGGAUUUAGAAGAACAAGCCAGAGAGUUGUACCGGAGACUGAGAGAGAAGCCAAGAGAUCAGAGGACAAGUGGUGACAGCCAGGAAAUAGUGAGGCUGCUCUUACAGGCAAUCCAGACCUUUGAAAAAAAGGUCCGAGUCAUUUAUGCUCAACUCAGCAAAACUGUCGUUUGCAAGCAGAAGGCACUGGAAUUGUUCCCCAGAGUGGAGAAAGUGAUGAAUCUGAUGAGUGAAGAUGAAGAAACAGUUGUAAGGCUUCAGGAGAAACGACAGAAAGAACUGUGGAACUUAUUGAAAAUUGCUUGUAGCAAAGUACGUGGUCCUGUUAGUGGCAGUCCAGAGAGCAUGAACAUGUCACGUCUUAACAGCCCUGGUCAGCUGCUGCUGCAGGUCCCUUCUGGGACCUAUGCUUUACCAGAAUCUGUCAGGAAAAGUGAGGAGCUACUGCUGGAAUCGCAGAAACUGUGCAGCCAACUCGAAAACGUGAUGCAUGACACGAUGAAGGAUCAGGAGCAGAGCUUUAUGGCUCUCGACUGGAGCUGGCUUCAGCUGCAGGCAGAAGAAAGAAGCAAUCCAGAACAAACCCAUAUGUAAAACCACCUCAACUGCCUCUAAAGACGUGCGAGCUGAGUAAGCCAGCUGUGAUAAUCUGCUGUCUCUAGGAAGGGAAGUGCCUCUUUUUACUGCUGCCUACUGCUUACGUGAGAUACGUGGCACAGCUUCCAGUAUCCACAUCUCAGAUACUUCAUUUCUGAAAGAUGCAGUAGGAAAUGCUUAUCCUGACUGCUUGGAAAAAGUUCUUAACAGUGCCUUAAGACAGCAGAUAAUCCUUACUGUAUGAUUUGAUGUUUCUUCCCUUAGGCACCACGUGAGGUUGUUCUGCCUUUCAAGCUUUCUGAUGACAAGUGGACAAUGCAGGCAGUCAGCUUGCACUGUCACUGGUCUAUGUCACCUUCCUGAUACACCUCAACUGUGAACACAUUUUCUUAGGCUUUGCUGAUUUGCACUUUUUUUCUUAAAUGUAACAGUUAUAAUUACUUAAUACUUGUUUCCUGUAUGGGAACGAAAUUAUCUAAAGUGUGAACUUUUUGUUUGUUCUUUUUAAUGUACUCAAAGCAUUUUAAUGAAAGAGCUGAUUUUACUGUAUAGGCCUCUGAAAUGUGAGGUAAAGAGCAUGGAAAAGCAAAUUGUUGGAUACUUUUUCCAGUUAAAAUCCUAAAGCACUGCAGUACCUCUCCUGUGAGAAAAGGCACUUCUUAGCCUGGAACAGAGAAAGGCUCAGUGGUGAAUCUGAUCGAUGUACAUAAAUGCCUGAAUGGAGUAAAGCAAUGAAGAUGGAAUCUGUUGGGUUUUUUUCUUCCAACUGUGACUGAUUUAUUUCAUUCUGACAUAAAACAAAAUUUUGCACAACAGCACGGAUCACCUUUUAUAAAAGGGAGUGAAAUACAGGACAUGCAAUACAGUACAAUAAGGGGAAGAGGUGGAAUAUUCUUCUCCUUUUAAGAACCCAUUUAGAAUAUGAUAAACAAGUGAAAUGUGGCACAAACAUCAGAGCUUCCAAGCAUGCUUUCAAGUAUCUUCUGGUAGAGGUGCUUGUACUUUCUGGACUUCAGUGUUGGGGUAAAAGCAUACUUUGGAAGAAGUAGAAAGUUCACACUUCUUGAGACUUGAGUAUAAUGUUAAGGCCAGAACACUGGGUACACUUUACCUUCAUCUUCCAGAGCACCAUCUGUUGUUUUACUUAAAAAUGCAUUAAGCUUCCAGCUCAAAUCCUAGCCCAACUUUGUGACCUCCAGCACUGAAAUUCUUGCCAUCAAUCAAGCCUGACAGGGUCAGCUUUACACCUACAAAAGCAAGUCAUGAGAUCCUGAUCUUCCCUUACAGCAUCCGUCCCUCCGUCCGCCCCCCUUCAGGUACCUGAGGCUCACUGCUGUGUCUCAACUGCUGUAGGAGCUUAUGUACAUGCACAGCCUUCACUGCUAUGGAGCUGUGUAAGACUUCUAGGUAAUGUUGUUUGUUUGCUCAGGUGGUUUUUCUUUGGUCAUCUAUCUUUUCUAUUUCAGAGAUAACAUUAAAAUAAUGCUACCAGUCGAACUUACGUACCAGGUCGAAGAGCAAGAGUGUAACCAACUCCAAUCAGGCUGGCAUUAUUUACUUUAGCCUGCAGAAAAUAAGAGAAAUCACACCAAUACACAGAUAUUCAGAUCAUCAUCCUGCUACCCCAGGCAAGUAGCUGACAUGGCAGUGGGUCCAGCUACUUGCAGGCUGACCUCUGGCAGUGGCACAUUUCAGUCUUCUUUCCAAGUUUCUAGUCUGCUCAAUUUCACUACAUUCCUUGAGUUCAAACUGUAACAGGCUUGAAUGGCUCUGAUCUUUAAAUUGUGACAUGUGUAAAGGUUCUGUAUCGAGUGCCAACCUUGUUUUUAACACACAAAUGAGUAAGCAACAAAUACACGAAUAUGGAAACUUUUUCUAAA